AUUAAAAAAUUAUUAAAUGAUACCCCAAAUAUGCAUCUGGCGAUGUUUCGUGAUCGACUUCAUCAACCCAUCCUCUGUUCAAUAUUUCUCCAACUCAUCAAAAUUCUCGCCAUCAAAUCAAAAUCAAUAUCUCUGCUUUCUCAACAUCACAUUCCGUGGUUAAUCAUCGGACCACGAUAUAUACCCACCCACUCAAAAGAAUCAAAAACCUUUUUUUGUUCUCUCUUUCUCUUAAUUGCACCUAGAACCUCUCGUAUCUGCUAACCAAACUUACCUCGAGAAAACAAAAAGAAAAACAUAAUUACCAGUUUAUGUUGUUGUUUAAUGGCGUUUCUGAUGAGUUUCCUUGAAUUUAAUAUGUUGUUCACUUCGGUUACUUUUGUGUUUUGACUUCAGUUUCUAAAUAAGACAAAGAUUUGAUUUUUGUUUGUUUGUUGGGUUUUCUUCCCAAAGUUGUGUUUUUUUUUUCAAUCAAUCUAAAAGGAAAGGGAGAAAAACAAAAUCCAAACUUUUUUCUAUUUGAUCAGCUCUUUAGUUUCUGUAAUGAGUAGAUUACUGUUGAUCCUUGGUGGGUUAUUUGAUCCCAUCAUCAAAGGUUUUGUUUUUUGAUUAAAAAUCUCAACUUUUUGCAGAUGGAGGCAGAGGAAGAAGAAGAAGAGAUAUGAUCUAAUAAUCUCCUUCUUCCAAUUGUUAAUUAUUUUUGGGGACGGUGGGUUUUUUAGUUGGCAGUCAUGAUCAUUACCAAAUGCAAAAGAGACAUAAACCUGUUUGUGCUUCAAUUAGGAGCAGCUCUCGCCGUAUCUUUUGCUGGAUUUUUCUUUUCUCGAUUUAGAAAGAAUACAAAAAGAAUCGGACCCACUCUGCCUCCUCUUUCACCUCAAUCUUCUGAUAAGGGAUACAGUGACUGUUCCAACAGAUCCAAUGAUAGAGGAGAUGUUGACUCUAAGAAGAGUAAUGAAGAGACUGUAGUUUGUUUAUCGCCACGAAAGGAAUGUGAUCUUGAUGAAAAAGAUGUGUUUUUAUUACCGGAGUUUGAAGAGGAAGUGAAAAAGUUAGAUUUGUUGGUCUCUGAUGACUGUGAAACGCCGCGGUCGGAUAUAACUGUUCCGUUAGCAUUUCCGAGCGAAGAGGAAGCUGAUCAUGAGAAUGAGAUUAACCGGUUGAGGAACACGGUGAGAGCGCUCCGUGAGAGAGAGAGGUGUCUUGAGGAUAAGUUGUUAGAAUACUACAGCCUCAAGGAGCAGCAAAAGAUUGCAAUGGAACUGAGAAGUAGAUUGAAACUAAACCAGAUGGAGACUAAAGUUUUCAAUCUCAAGAUCAAGUCUUUGCAAGCCGAGAACGAGAAACUCAAGGCUCAGUGUUCUGAGCAUUUUAAAUUUUUGUUGGAGCUGGAUAAGGCUAAGUCUGAGGUUCAUGUUCUUAAGAAGAAACUGAACGUUAAUACCCAACAACACGUAGAGCAGAUUUUGUCACUUAAGGAACGAGUGAUGAGGCUUCAAGAAGAAGAGAUCAAAGCUAUUUUACCUGAUCCGGAAGCUGAUAAGAUGAUGCAGAGGUUAAGGGAUUUGGAAGGUGAGAUCAACGAGCUUCAGGAUUCCAACAUGAAAUUACAGUUUGAGAAUUUCGAACUUGCUGAGAAGCUGGAGUCUGUUCAAAUCAUAGCAAAUUCAAAGCUUGAGGACCCGGAAGAGAUUGAGACAUUACGAGAAGAUGGUAACCGUUUGAGGAGUGAAAACGAAGAGCUGAAAAAGGAAGUGGAGCAGCUUCAAGGGGAUCGAUGCACUGACCUCGAGGAGCUUGUUUAUCUCAGAUGGAUAAACGCUUGUUUAAGAUAUGAGCUAAGGACUUACCAGCCUCCUCCGGGUAAAACUGUUGCUAGGGAUCUUAGUACUACUUUAAGUCCUACUUCAGAAGUGAAAGCUAAGCAGCUGAUCCUCGAGUACGCACAUAGCGAAGGGCAUGAAGAAGAUAAUACUGAUUAUGAUCGAUGGUCGUCUUCCCAGGAAGAGUCAUCAAUGAUCACUGACUCAAUGUUUUUAGAUGAUUCUUCUGUUGACACUUUGUUUGCGACAAAAACAAAAAAGUCAGGGAAGAAGAAGCUUAUGCAUAAGUUGAUGAAGAUUUUACACGGUAAAGAUAGUACUCCAGACCGUAAGAAGAGAGCUGGUUCUUCAGAACCGAGCAGCUCAAACACAGGUGUUCACUCAACUCCUAGGCAGCAGCUUAGAACAACACAGUCAAUGGACUUCCAAAUGUUGAUGCUUGGCAGAAACGAGGAAGAGGACUUCAAGAAUCACAUUAAGAUGCUGCGUCGUAAGAGCGAAGCAGCAGACUCUUUCACUUAUGGAGAAGAAAAUUGUUUGGAAUCCGAUCAAAACGGGAAAAAAGAGCUGAUUAAAUAUGCGGAUGCGCUUACGAAAUCUCGCUCCACAAAGAAACUGCAUAAGAAAUCUGUGUCCUUCUUUUUCUAAAAGUAAGUAGAAACACUAACUACUUUACUCUGUAACACUCAUUGCCUAAAGCUACAUAUAUGUGUGUAUAGAUUAUAGGUCAAACAAAGUUUGUAAAUUUUCUGAACCAAACAUUAAAUGAGUGUAACGAGAAUGACCUA